UUUAAUUUGUUGAGAGAAACUUCAUAUAUUGCUCCCUUUUCAUCCUCAUCUCCUCGAACCUGCUCAUUCCAACAUAUAUACAGUUUCUCUUCAUCUUGUUUCAUCAAGAUUUAGACAUGAAAAAAGACAACCUCCACACUUUCUGGCUCUACAUAUUCUCUCUCAUCAUCUUAUCCAAAGUUUGCUGUGGGGCAGAUUACCAGUUCGAAGCUUGCGCGCCGACAAAUUGCAGCGGCGGCGGUCCCAGGAUAAGCUUCCCAUUUUUCCUCCCAACAGCUCAAGAAUCUUACUGCGGCUACCCAGGAUUCGCGAUCGGUUGCAGAAACGGACUUCCGUCACUGAAUAUGUCUGAAAAUGAGUAUAUUGUUGAAGACAUAUUCUACCACAACCGAUCUCUACGCGUGUUUGAUGCCGCAGCGAUAUCAGAAGAGAUUAGCAGUUGCGCUCCAAGAAUCAGAACAAACACGAGUAUCCCCGAAGGCAGAUUCGAUUACGUCGGCGGCACAACUCUCAAUUUGUUGUACGGCUGCAAGAACGUGUCCGAGGAGCUGUUGAGGUACGAGGUUGGUUGCAACAGUUCUAGAAAGGGAAGCACUGAGACUCUGGCUAUGUAUGGUGGCAAUAGGAAUCUGAUGAGAGCGUUGGAGAGCAAUCCAAGAGAACGUGGUCGCACGUGUGGAGUUGUAUGGGGAUGAGAGAAAAGAUGAAAUUGUGGAUGUUUCUGCGGUUUUCAGGAGCGGAUUUCUGAUAAAUUGGACAGCUAGUGAUUGUAAUACUUGCCAAGAAAGCGGCGGCCGCUGCGGUUUUAACAAGACUACUUUCCAUUUUAGGUGCUUCUGCCCCGACCACCCGCGUUCUUGGAGCUGCAAACCAAGUAAGAUUUUUUAACUUCUUACUCCCUCC